CAUUUAAUCAAGUUAAUUUAGUUAUUCAAUUAUUUGUUAUUGUUAUUGUUCCUUGCAACAGCAGCACCGAUAGUAUAUAGAAUGGCAGAAUGGCAAUGACACACACACACACACAUUAUUACUAGAUAAUACAUGCACAUGUACUGCAAUUACACGCAAAACAUGAUCAAGAAAUGUGGUGUUGUAUAGUAUCAACCCGACAACAUAGAACAUCCACUUAAUUAAAUAGAGGAUAUUGUGUGUGUGGGUUUGCGAGACAGAUGCUGCAGUGAUGUGAAAAACGAACAAUUGGUCGAGGUCGAGGGAGACCCCCUAGUUACCAACAUGGUACCAUCACUGCAUGAAUCAUCCAUUACCCAUGCUUCACUGCAGCACCGCGUUCGGACCGGGCGGCGCUGUCCGCUCGCCAUGUCUGAGCCCACUAAGUGACCUUGCUGUGGCCAGCGUGAGUCUGAUCCUCUUUAUGUGCUGCAGUUGCCAACAAGGUGACGGUUGUUUUCAGCGAAGGCCUACAAGAAGUCACACAGAGUCCUGCAGGCACAGCUGUCAAAUUUGAUACAGCCUUAGAUUUAAAUCUGCUUACAGGGAAAGCGUUCACGUGACCUUGCGCUUUCUUCCUUUCUCAAAUGAGAUUACAGGGCAGCUGAGAUAAGCCAAGGAGAAUUAUGAGAGCUCCUGUCAUUUCCAGAUGAGGAGGCACCGUGGUUCUCAGACUACUCAUGUUUUUAACGGUUUGAGGCAAAUAUCAAUGAACAGACCCACUUUUUUCUUGCAGCCAAUCGGGCACCAAAGAUGCUAAAUCUUAGCCUGACUUGUACUACAGUGACAAAACUCUCUUGUUAAGACUGUUAUCAGGGGGGAGAAAACAGUGGCCCUCAUUACGUAACCCACACCUUUAAACAGUCCAGUCACACACUGCACACACACACUCACACACGACGAUGGAAUAACAUUUUGGUAGGAAAGAAGGAGUUUACUGACACUGCCGAAUGUGGGUAUUAUAACCAGAAGAAUCCGGUAAACCCAUACUUAUAAAAACAGCAGGCCUGUUGGGUGAUGCUCUCACAAAACAUUUUUCAUGAUUUUUACACUAUGUACUUAGAUGACGCCGUGUCAAAAAAGACAGACACGAACUGUGGAGAAUUCACAAGGCCACACUUAAAGGGUAAACAUAAAGCAUUGCAUUUCUCUGCCAAACAUCCACUGUUGAUUAUAUUAUGCAUCUUAAAAAAGACGUUUUAAAGAGGUGAUUAAUUCGACUUACAUUUUCUACUUUCGACAUUAUGAUGCUAAGUACCUGUAGUAUCCUACUUAUUAUGGAAUUUUUACUCAUGCUAGUUGUGUGGCUCUGGGGAGAAAAUCCCAUUGGCUUUUUGUUGAGGGAAACCCGUGCAAUGCUAACUUCCUGGGUUAGCCUACAAAUGACUACACACGUGCAGGACCGUAUUUGCGGUGGCUACCACUGCUUCCUACCAUCCCAUUUGGCUUUUAACAUAUUUUGACAAUUCCGUACAAAUGCAUGUUGAAAAACAUGCAUUUCCUGCAGCUCUACUAGAUGCAACUAAAAGUUCAACCAGAAUAAUUCUCCAGAACCCCAAUAGACCAACAGUUGACAUGUCGGACUCAAGUCACAUCACACACGAUGAUUGACAUUAAGGAAUCGAUGAUGCCAUUUCAUAAGAAAUUUAAGAACCACAUGUCACAAGGAAAUGUCUGGGUGAGUAAUGAGAACCUCUGGUGGCAACACCUGUAUUGAGCCGUCGAAAACCUAACAACAGCCUCUGUGCUGCUGUGCACCCGGGGGUUUCGUGUGUGUGUGUGUGUGUGUAGGCUGGCGAUCCUCUGUGAUUAUACCCUCGCAGUCGCAGCACGCCAUUUUUAAUGCUUUUCUCAGAAACACAUGCCACUGACCCUCCCAAACCCCCGUGGGCCCACUCAGCUAACGCAACAGUAAACCCUCAUUUUCAUUCUGCACCAUCAAUUGCUCAGAAUGAAUCCAACACAGUGACUCACACGCGCUUCGGCAGCUCGCAUCACAACGCGUGCUGCCUCGCUCUCCUUCACGUUGUGUCUCGCAGUUAAGUUCAGUCAAGGCUCGAGCUACUCUGUUUGAGACUGCGGCACGUCGUGAAAAUGUCAAUUAAACAUUGAGGUGGGAGGUUGUGUUCAAGGUCGUUGAACCAAGUCUUUGUGUCUAAACGGCAUCGAAAAAGCAGGAAGCCACACUGGCACUAAUGAAAAGGCAUGUUAUGCAACACCUCACACCCGUAAGUGCACAUCUGGCAAGCCAACAAUUGUUCUGUGAGAGUGUUUUCUCCAAAUUUGUUAUUCGUCCUUCAAUGGAAACUUGUGACGCCACUGUCUUAAUGAGUGUGAGCUGACUCAUCACCUAAAUAUCCAUUAGCCAACCUUCCCGCUCUAGAAAAUGUCUUCAGCCUGGCUUCCUUUGAAUGACUGAUCUAUUUGUAGUGGCUCCUGGGCAAACCAUCUCAGCAAUCCCACUGUUUCUCUCGUUAGUUUUGUUUUUCUGCGAUGUCCCGCCUCAUCCCUGCUUCCUGUUGCGUAAUAUUGUGGAACUCACACAGAAAACCAACCCAGUAGUAAAAAUUUCCCCAAUAGAAUUAAACAGUGGAAAUCCUGAACUGCCAAGAAUUCUGGGAUUGUGCUUUAAAAAAGGUCUUUUGAAAUAACUGCUACAAUAACAAUGAUGUCAACUAUUUUAGACGUUUUGCCGUCUGAAUGUGUUACUCCUGUUAUGUUUAUGACCAGGGUUAGGUUAUGAAUAGCUACACGGAGGUCUAGUAUCACGCAAAGUAUCUAUCUUCCUCAGUGUAUUCUCAGCCCAAGCCGCGCAUGUUGAGCACUUCAGCAGACGAGCCUCGAGUCUUGGCUCGCUUAUCCGACUAGCAUGAACAGAGAAUCCCUGGGGAACAGGUUGCUCGCAUGUUAGGAUUCGCUGCUCUCAUUUACCUGUAGAUAGCGGAAGGAAAGGCUGAGGCAUAGUUUUAAGUAUGAAUACCUUUAGUCUGCACUAUUAUGUGUUCAGUCAGAUACAAAUCCACAGCUUUCAUGCUUAGUUUUAAGCCAUGUUUUAAGCUUUGCUAGCAGCAGGGCUCUAGAGAGUUGCCGAUGUCGGCCCAUCUGUUCAUAGGUCGGUCCAACACUUUGGUUGCGAGUGACAUGUCACAGAUUCUGUUGGAUGAGUUGCUGUGCAAUUGUAUGGAUACGAGCUACUUACUUACCUGUAGUGUACCGAGUGAAAUGAAUAGUGCAUAUAUUAAGAUUUUGGGAACACGCAAACAAAACAGCAGACAGUAAACAAGAUGUGGAGACUUCAGGCAGGGAGUGUUUCCGUGAGUUUGUUAAGAAGAAAGCAGCCUAUAUUCCUGUGCCAGAUGUGCAGAGGUGUGCCCUCAGCUCCUCUGAAGCACCAGUCCGCUUUGCAGUCGAGGCUGGUUGGCGACUGAUGGCUUCAGAUUCCUAGACUCUUACACUGCCUGGAGCCCAAAUUUCACCCCGUGCCCGGGCCGUAAACUAGAGUUUUGCAGUUAUUCACAUGGUGUUUCAUUAGAAAAAUAACAACCCUUAGUAAAGAGCUCUGCGCCCGACAGAGAGUGACUAGACGCAUUAAAAAAGAUGCUGUCCAGUCAAAACAACCUGCCGAGACUCAGAGAAAUAACGCUCACCGGGGAAAAGAAACAACAUGUUUUUCACCGACCAUAAGAGAUUGUUAUACAGUAUCAGUGGAAAGAAGACACACACCCACCUACUUCCCUCCCCCGCCACACUCCUCGACCCCUCCCACUCAGUAAACUGUAUAAAUACCGUACUCUCACCAUUGCUGGGAUUCAGACACUGACCUGCACUGACCACAGAUGCUCAGAAUGUGGCUCCAGGUUUCUCUCCUGUGUCUGUCCUGCUUAACUCUGCCCGGCCAGAGCCAGGGCCAAGACCGAGCCUCCCUGCGGCGCUCCAACGACCACAGCGGGCUCUGCCACUACACCUUCACCGUGGCCAGUCCGGAAGAGUCCAGCUGCCCCGGAACCAGCAUGAAACCAGAGAUGGACGGAGUCUCGUCCCGACUCACCAUGCUGGAGGCUUUGGUCAGCCGUCUGAUAACGGGAGUGGAUGGAGGCCCCAGGACCGGGACUAACGGCGAGGACGGCGUCCAGGAAGCCUACUCGCAGGUGACCAGGGAACGAAAGCAGCUGGAGCAGGACAAGGAGCGUCUGAACGGACAGGUCCAGGAGCUGCAGAGGAGGCUGGCCGAGCUGAGUCAGGAGGCAGAAAGCCUCAGGCAGAGGCCGUGCCAGCAGACAGACAGCUCAGGGGUUACUCAGCGUGACAGCAGACCUGCCAGCGACCCGGCAUUAAACGGGAAUGGCGCUUACCAGGAGAUGAAGGCCGAGGUUAAAGAGCUUCCGGCAUCCCACCUCAUUCCUGAGGGAAAUCACAACUUCACAGGCUGUGGAGAGCUGCAGUCGGUGGGAGAUCCUGUGCUGCACAGGAAGGCCGACGGCAUUACAGGGAAGUAUGGAGUGUGGCUGCAGGACCCCGAGCCUCAGGGCCCUCAGUACACCAACAAGACCGUGUGGCGUAUCGACACCGUCGGUAAAGACGUCCGCCAGCUCUUCGCGUACGAAGACAUGGAUCAGUUGUCCCAAGGCUUCCCUAUGAAGGUGCUGGUGCUGCCAGAGCCUGUGGAGAGCACAGGGGCCGCCAUGUACCGCGGCUCCCUUUACUACCAGCGCAAGCGCAGCCGCACCCUGAUCCGUUACGACCUGACCUCCGAGAGCCUGGCAUCGCGGCGAGACCUGCCUCACGCGGGCUUCCACGGCCAGCACCCUUACUCCUGGGGCGGCUACACCGACAUCGACCUGGCGGCAGACGAGCGGGGCCUGUGGGCCAUCUACAGCACCAGCAAGGCAAAGGGCGCGAUCGUGAUUUCCCAGCUGGAUCCCGAGAGCCUGGAGGUGAGGAAGAGCUGGGAGACAAACAUCCGGAAGAACACAGUGGCCAACGCUUUCAUGGUGUGCGGACGCCUGUACACGGUGGCCAGCUACACCGCGGCAAACUCCACCGUCAACUACUCGUUCGACACCGCCACCGGCGCCGGGCGAGCCGUCGCCGUGCCCUUCAAGAACAAGUAUCGCUACAACAGCAUGGUGGACUACAACCACGCGCAGAGGAAGCUGUUCGCUUGGGACAACUUCCACAUGGUCACCUAUGACGUGAGACUGGGGAGGGCAAGCGACGACCGCAGCUAAAGAGGAGACGAGAGGGAGGAACUGCAGUCAACAGGGCCGAAGAGCGAGACAAGGGGGUGAAACAUGUAAUCAUCUGCAUUGUGCUGAGGUAAUCCCAAAGCUUGGUAGUCUAUGCGUUCUGCAGCAUUAAAAAUCUAUUUUUUCUAUUACUAUUGUAAAUAAGAUACGGCAACAGAAAUAUAAUCAUGAAGCAGAUUAAUGUAAGUGGGGCCCCCUGGUGAUUAUUAAUAACGGUAAUCGUGGUUUGAAAUUAAUCUUAAGUCUGUUUAUAAAAGUUGACGUUAUUUAAGUCUCAAUAAAAAAGAAAAUCAAUUACACA